GCGAUACGCGAUUUGCCGCCGAGGGGGUGCGACAGAGGGUGCGUUCCCAGGUAUAUAUACUCCUGUCCUGCGGUGCGAGCGGCCGAUUCGAUUUCAACUUCUGAAUAUUCCAUUAGGAUACAGGAAAUCUUUUCGUCGCAACGGAUUGAUACUUCAACUAAUCGUAAUCGGUGACUUCUGACGAGAAGAAUGCAAUCGUGUUCGAAUAGCAUCUACUUGUUUCUCGUUCUUUUUAUUCUUGGAACUGGGAUUGUUCAUGGCGAACCGGGACCGAUGGCCAGACCAACUCGGCCAGAAAUAUUUAAGAAUCAGGAAGAAUUAAGAAAAUACCUCGAUCAUGUUAGUGAUUUCUAUUCCCUUAACGGGAAAGCGAGAUAUGGAAAAAGGGGAAGUGUUCUCUCCUCUGUACCGGAAGUUAAUUAUGUUUGGGAUUCGAUGAAAACAAUCCUGGAGAAUUCUCAACGUUCGCAGCAACCGAAAGCAAACCGACAAUUCGAAAAGAGGAAGCAAGAGGAGAGUGGAUUCCUCGAUGAGGUGGAAAAGUCUGACCCUAAGAAGAGCACUUCACGAAUCGAUUCUCCGCCUUGUCACGUAUUAGACACAGUUGAAAAAUACUACGACGAUGUGCAAUAAAGUAAUUUGCGUGUCCUAUAUCCUGUUUACGACAUAUACAUCCCGUUACAUUCGAUUGUUUGUCAGUUGCUCUAUUUAAAUUGCUUAUCAAUAUUAUGAUAAAAAUAAUUCUCUUUGUAAACAAGUUCGCCUCAAUUUGCAAUUGAAGGCAAAAAGUGCCUCCAUGAAUUUAAAAAAAGGUAAAAAGAUGACAACUAGUCGUCUCGUUACGAUUUGUGCGAAAUAGGAGGUAUUAGUACGAAAUAAACGACAUUUUAUUUGA